AUGAAUCACAGUCUCCACAGAAUUAUUGCCACGUCAUCGUCACCUAUCCUCUUCCGAAGCUUCUCGAAACAUCUCAAAACGCCCGCCUACGUAAUGCAGCAAAUUCAGCCGAUCACCCAGAAAAUCGACAGCGAUGAAUUUCGGUAUUCUGGUGAUAAUACUGUGAGCUCACAAUUCCACACCAUUCCAGCCGACUCUUCACACCGCAACUGCUGAAACUGCGGGAUUUGUUCGCGAAACGCGACUUUGAGCUGAGAAUCGCGGGCGGUGCGGUCAGGGACCUCCUGAUGGGCAUCCGACCGGCCGACGUGGACUUUGCGAGCACCGCGACGCCCACGCAAAUGAAGGAAAUGUUCGAGGAGGAGCAGAUUCGGAUGCUGCAUAAAAGGGGCGAGGAGCACGGAACGAUCACGUGUCGCAUCGACGAGGCCGAGAAUUUCGAGGUAUUCCGACGUGAACCUUACUGAUUUUGAAAUAAAAACUGCCCGAAGUUUACAAUUUUCCAAAUACGUGGCAUUCCGAUUCUAACGAGAAUCAGCCUGAAAUUAAAGCUUGUGGCCUUAGAAAUGAGCAGUUCACGCGGAAGCGAAAUUCGAAAAUGCUCAGAUUACGACACUCCGCGUGGACGUCGUCUGCGAUGGAAGACGUGCGAAAGUGGAGUACACGACCGACUGGCAACUGGAUGCAAACCGCAGAGAUCUCACCAUCAACUCGCUUUUCCUCGAACUCGACGGCACCGUCAUCGACUACUUCGGCGGAAUCCGCGACAUCGAGACUCGUCACGUCGCCUUCGUCGGUGAAGCCCGCCAACGGAUUCAAGAAGACUAUCUGCGCAUUCUCAGGUAACUCUGAACAAUUUAUUAUUAAUCUGCUCUUUUGGCUUUCAGGUACUUCCGCUUUUUCGGUAGGAUCGCCAACUCGUCAGAUCACGAACCGGACACGAUUCAAGCGAUCGUGGAGAACAGGGACGGACUGGCGGGAAUAAGUGCGGAGAGAAUUUGGACGGAACUGAAGAAGAUUGUGAUCGGGAGGAUGGCGGCGGACGUCGUCAGAACGAUGGUCGUGGAUUGUGGGCUGCAGAAGUAUCUCGGGUGGCCGGAAGAGUGCAAUCUCGAUAGGUUCGAAAAGGUUAUUUCAGUGCUUCUUCCUUCUUUCCAUAAUUCAAAAUUGUUCCAGGUCUACUCGCGCUUCCCGAAAUCCGUCGAACCGAUGACAAUGGUGGCGUGUCUGUGCGAGCACGAAGACCAAAUUGCCGCAUUCCAUGCAAUCACGAAGCUGUCGAACGACGAACGUCUUCUUGGCGAAUUCAUUCUUCACGAACGAGAUUCGGCGCUGGAGAAUCUGCAGAACGAUGACUGGUGGAUCGACAGAGUCGUAGAUCUGGAAGUGCGUCCGGGACACGAGAACCAGCCGGACAGACUGAGACAACGGCUCGUUCAACUGGCGAGGAGUGUGCUCGCCGACGAGCAACGCAUCCAGAUGAUCGAGAGGUUCACGCCCCCGCAAUUUCCGGUCACUGGACGCGAUCUGAUGGAGACGGGCGUUCGGAAGGGACCGCACGUGCGCAAUGUGCUCUUUUACCUGUUCGAUUUGUGGAAAGCGAGCAGGUUCCAAAUGAUCAAAGAGAAACUUUUGGAGCACGCGAACGAUCCGCAGAUUCCGGACCUGUCGAAGGAGAAGAAAAGGCAGAAUUCUCCGAAACGAUAG